AAAAACCAAAGGAAGUCAUCAACGGGCAAUUGAGCUACAGGCGGACAUUUGUUAAAAAACUCAAUACCACCAGCUUCGUGGAAACAGGACGUUGGUUCAAUAAACAAGCAAACGUCUUUUGGUCUUUUCUGAAAGCAUCUCACUAAACAAACAAAAACAGCCCUCUGGUUUUCCUGAAAACCUGGUAGGCCUGCACCAAACCAGCAGUCUAUUGCUCCAUGUUUCCCAUGGUUCUCCUUAUCCUCCCACUGUUACCACCAACACCAAAACUCUAUAUAAAUGCUAACAACCCCGGUAUUAUCAUCAUUCUCAGCUCAACACAACAAUCACUUCUUGGUUACUACUCAAAAGGACUUUUUGCAAGUUCAAUCUCCACAAAUUUUCAAAAAAAAAAAAAAAGAAGAAAAAUCUAUAUAUAUCAGACAUGGGUUCAACAAGCAAAGCUUCAUGGAUGGUGGCAGUUAGUGUCGGUGCAGUGGAAGCACUCAAGGACCAAGGUAUUUGCAGAUGGAACUCUACCUUCAGGUCUCUUCACCAACGUGCCAAGAACAACAUGGGAUCUUUUUCUCAAACCAGAAGGAUGUCUUCUUCUUCUUCUUCUUCUUUAGAGACAAGGAAAAUUGAAGAAGUUGAGCAUAGGGCAAAGCAAUCAGAGGAAUCUCUCAGAAAAGUCAUGUACUUAAGCUCUUGGGGGCCCUAUUAGCAACCCAUCC